GGGUUUCUAUAUUGCAGGUAAAGAUAAUUGAGUAACUGAAAUUGAGAACGGUUCGGGUGACGACAUAAUACGGUUUCUGGGUGCUGAAUUCGGUUUGAGAAUCGACGCUGGGAAGCCAUGUCCAAUCAUCACCGUUCUUCGAGUGCUUCGUCUAAGACCGGUCUUCCACCUCAAGAACUCCUUGAUGAUCUCUGCAGCCGAUUUGUGCUAAACGUUCCAAAGGAAGACCUUCAAUCAUUUGAAAGGAUCUUGUUUCUUGUGGAGUAUGCACAUUGGUUUUAUGAAGAUAAUUCUGUAGAAAAUAAUCCAUCUCUGAAGUCAUUCAAUCUGAAGGAGUUUACUUCUUUAUUGUUCAACAGCUGUGAUGUUUUGAAACCUUAUGUGGCCCACAUAGAUGAUAUUUUUAAGGACUUCACUUCUUACAAGGUUCGAGUUCCGGUAACUGGGGCAAUAAUUCUUGAUGAAACUUAUGAAAGGUGCUUGCUAGUGAAGGGAUGGAAGGGCUCAAGUUGGAGCUUUCCGCGUGGCAAAAAGAGCAAAGACGAAGAAGAUCAUGCAUGUGCCAUUAGAGAAGUCAUGGAAGAAACUGGUUUUGAUGUUUCAAAACUUCUUAACAAGGACGAAUUCCUUGAAGUUAUUUUUGGACAGCAGAGAGUGCGGCUUUACAUUAUUGCUGGUGUGAAAGAUGAUACAGCAUUUGCCCCCCUUACCAAAAAGGAGAUCAGUGAAAUUGCAUGGCAGAGGCUUGAUGAACUCCAACCAGCAAGUGAUGAAGUGAUAUCUCGUGGGAUCACUGGCCUUAAGCUUUAUAUGGUGGCCCCUUUUCUGGCAUCAUUGAAAUCCUGGAUUUCAGCGCACCAACCGCCUAUGGCUCCUAGAUCUGAUUUGCCUCUUAAAGGGAUUUGUGUGUGGAAAGCAAAGCACAGUUCCACUGGAAGUAGCACCAUAAUAAUAGACAGCCAGCCAACAAAACCCGAAUCUGAUUCUCACCUUCUUGAUGUGGGGCCUGGAAGGAGCUUUAGGAAUUUCAGAUUUGAUACUGCCUUAAUUUUUCAAGCAAUGGAAGCUGCCUUUUCCUUAUGAAGGUCCAGCUGAAUUGAUAUUCCCCCAUUUCACUUGCAUGUCAAUGUGGGUAUAGUCACACUCUCCAUGCUAGUUAGGUUGCUGUACAUCAUGAUGUUUGUCAAGUUGUAUGGUUGAGUAUUAUGUACAUUAUGUACAGUUAGUAUUCCUACCAUAUAAGCAUUCUAAUUGGGCUAUUAUUUGUAAAACUAGAGAAACAGUCGAAUGUAGAAGUUACGCUACUCUAUCAUUAGUACUCAUUGACACAUUAACGUGGUCUUCUGCUAGAAUGAAACUGAUUUGUAUGUCAUACAACCCCUUUGUAUACUACAGACAACGUCACAGAGAAUCAUUUGCAAGGGGUGACUCAGCUUUGGAAGAGAAUGUUCUGAAUGAGGGGUUGUCAGGGGGAAUUUGGU